GGGCUCUUGCUAUAUUGCCUAUACUGGUCUUGAACUGCUGGCCUCAGGCAGUCUUCCUCCCUUGGCCACCCAAAGAGAUGGGAUUACAAGCAUGAGCCACUGUGCACAGCUGAGGUUUUUCGACUUAGUCUUUUUGUACACCCAGUAUCUUAUAGAAUAUCCAUAAUAUAGAUUCAUAAAUAAACCAUUUCCUUCAAUGGUAUAAAUAAAUAAACCACUGCCAAAAAUGGUGGAAUUUUCUGAGUUAAGAGCAAUACAUAUGAUACAAAACUUGAUAUAUAGAGUUUCUUAGCCAAACUGGAGGGGCUGGCUUUAGGUGAUCCGUGGACUCCCUGAAAUUGGGGACACCAUUGGAAAUAUGUGUGAACUCAUGGGCAGUUUCCUAUGAUUUCCAGUCCUCAAAAUAUCUCUUGGACUCAAAGAUGCCUUAGGGCAGAGGACGCGUGUACCCCCAGUACAGAAUCUCAGACAGUGAAUGUCAGUAGACAUUCGGCAGAAAAGCUCUGCCAAAUUGAGUGCUCUGAUGUGACUUUUUCAUCAAGUCAAUGUUCCUGGGAUCUCUUGUACAUGAUAAUCUCACUCUUGUAAGGUUUCAUCGUUUCUGCUUACCCUACUUUUCUUUCCCAUCCUGAUCCCUCUCCCACCAGACCGGACUCUGAAACGGGCAUGUACAGAGAAGAGGAGACCCCAAUACGCUUCAAGCUUUGAGCGGAGAGGACACAGCCUCUGCUGGGACAGGGAACAGAGGGAUGCGGAGACCCUGAAGAUGCUUUUGGACAGUGGUCUGAGGUUGGGACAGUGGCAGGAGAUACCAUUCACCCAGGAUCUCCAGGACAAGAGAUCAGCCUGGCAGUUACAUGUGUUUUUGUUCAAACUAGUUGCCAGGUUGGCAUGAACGAUGACAUCAGAGAUUCCGACCUUCCUGAUUGGAGGGACCGGACUCUGUCGGCACCUGGCAGUUCAGUUGGACAACAGUAACUUCUCAGAGCUGUUCUCCACUCCUGACUUCUCCCAGCCUCGAGAAUUGAUAACACACUCUUCUGGAUCCCAGCAGUGUCCAGAAGAAGACCAAGGACAGAACAGAGACUAGGUUCGGUGAGAUGGGACAGAUUUUGGGAAAGAUCAUCAUGAGCCAUCAACCGCAGCCCCAGGAAGAGCAGAGCCCCCAGCGGAGCACCUCAGGGUACCCCCUCCAGGAGGUGGUGGAUGAUGAAGUGUCGGGACCAUCAGCCCCUGGGGUAGAUCCCAGCCCCCCACGUAGGUCCCUUGGCUGGAAAAGGAAGAGGGAGUGUUUGGAUGAAUCUGACGAUGAGCCAGAGCAGGAGCUCGCCCCUGAGCCUGAGGAGACCUGGGUGGCGGAGACGCUGUGUGGCCUCAAGAUGAAGGCGAAGCGACGGCGAGUGUCGCUCGUGCUCCCUGAGUACUACGAGGCCUUCAACAGGCUGCUUGAGGAUCCUGUCAUUAAAAGAUUCCUGGCCUGGGACAAAGAUCUGAGGGUGUCGGACAAGUAUCUCCUGGCUAUGGUCAUAGCGUAUUUCAGCCGGGCCGGCCUCCCCUCCUGGCAAUACCAACGCAUUCAUUUCUUCCUGGCUCUCUAUCUGGCCAAUGACAUGGAGGAGGACGACGAGGCCCCCAAACAAAAGAUCUUCUACUUCCUGUACGGGAAGACCCGCUCUCGCAUACCCUUGCUCCCUAAGCUUUGGUUCCAGUUAUGCCGUUACAUGAACCCGAGGGCCAGGAAGAACUGCUCUCAGAUAGCCUUGUUCCAGAAGCGUCGGUUCCAGUUCUUCUGUUCCAUGCGCUGCAGGGCUUGGGUUUCCCCGGAGGAGUUGGAGGAGAUCCAGGCUUAUGACCCAGAGCACUGGGUGUGGGCGCGAGAUCGCGCCCACCUUUCCUAGAGCUCCAGGGACCGUGGAGGCCUGAGGUCAUCGGCCUGAGAGAAGAACACCGGACCCAGGGGAGAUGUGGAUUUUCAGCAGGAACUUUAUUCCAGUGCUAAUGGCAGACAUCAGGAAGGAGGAGAGGAACCAUUUGUGCAGAUCAUCUAGAAGAACCUGGACCAUUCUUGACAGAGCUGAAUACAGUGAUCACGUUGUCCUCCAAGGAGCAGGGGUGGGGUGGGGUACUUCUAGGAGUCCUUGGAGAAAAGUAAGAAACCAGGAGUGUUUCCAGUUCCACCGUUUCCUGCGGCACCACCUCCCUUUUUAUAUUGCUGAAUGCCAACCUCCCUGGGACGGAACCUGGAGGUCCUGUUUCUUACGGACUUGCUUGCCACAGUCCAGGAGCAUUUGAAGGCACAGUGCAGGGGCUCAGAUUGGCACAGAAUUCUUUGUGAAAUAUGAGUGCCACAGACUGUAACAGAUAGCUUCAUGCACACUAUGCAUUUUAUUGGUUUGUUUGGAAAAUGUUGGCCAUUGAAUUAUUGAUAGGUUUAUUUCAAAUAGUUUGGAAAUUGUUGUACUUUUGAAAACAUGCUGUUCCUGUAGAGUUCUUUGAUGAGAGUUAUAGUUGUUAUAUAUACAUAAAGAUAAUUUUCUUUUCGUUUUUAAGUGAGAAUUCUUUUUAUCCUAAAUCUUUUAUUAACUUUAAUUUUUUUUCUGUAUUAUUAUAUGUGCUCCUGAAGCGAGCACUCUUUUUAUCUAUGAUACUUCCAUAAUAAUCUCUUCUAUUUAUAGCUAUUGGUAGUUCCCCACCAGAAAAAAACAUAAUUCUGGUGAUAGAAAUUUUUAUUUGCUGUUUAGGUUUGUGACUGAAUUGUGAGAAUUCCGUUGUGAUUUUUAACAUGUCUCAGAUAUAUAUACUAACAUGUCUAAUAUAUACUAUCUAUUUUAUUGGUUUAUUUUGAAAACCAUGGGUAUAGAAUUAUUUAAAUAUUAUUUUAUUUAUUGAAAUAUUUAUUAACUAUAUUUAUUUAUUUAAAUAUUAUUAUUACUUUAAAUAUUAUUUUAAAUAUUUUGGAAAUACUGGUAUUUUUGAAUAGAUGCUGUUUCUAUAACGCUGUGUGAUGGGUGUUAUAACUGUUGUAUACACAUACAUAUAAUUUUGUUUUCCUUUUUAAGAGAGGAUUCUUUUCAUCCUAAAUCUUUUACCUUUCAAUCUUGGUAUCUAUUAUUACACGUGCUGCUGAAGGGAGCAUGGUUUUUAUCUAUGAUACUUAGUUAACAUAUAUAUUACAUUAAUAGCUAUGUGGUAGUUCCCCUAAAUUCUUGUAAAAAUAAAUUUUUAUUUGAUAUUUAGUGUAUGUUUGAAAUGUGAGAAUUCAGAUGGAAUUUUUUAUCUUGUUUUGGCAUGUUUGUAUGUUACUUUAAAGAGGAUGUGUGUUCUAAAGGAGGACACGAGCUGUGUGUUUUCAAGAGAACAGUGCAGUGCAUCUCUUGGGGAAACAUAAUAAAGAUGAACUUUUCUCACCUUCA